AUGUCAUACUCGUCAUACUCGUCGUCGGCAUGCUCGUCGUCUUCAUCGUCGCAGCCGUCGCAGCCGUCGCAGCCAGACUCGCUCUCGGAGCACCUCAACGUGCUGGUCUCCGAGGCACUGGUGCCCCGUCCGGCUGCCUCACGGUUCGAGCUGGUGGACGAGGACGCACAGGAGCUGUUUGUGGCGGUCAACACCAACGAGAUCAAGGUCGAUGUCGGCCUCUUUACCAUUUGCUCGCGCGUCCGGGCCGAGGGCGCCGUGGUGUCGGACAAGUGCCGCGAGACCGAGGGUGAGGUGCGAGUCGACUCGGUCAAGGUCUUUGUCCUCUUGUUUGUCGCCAUAUUGAUCGAGAUCUGCGCCAUCUGCUGCUUCCUCUACCUGCUGUGGCCGGCCUACCGCCGGUGCUGCGACAUGCUCGGCUCCGAGUCGGGCGACCGCGAGUGGUACGCCGGGUGCGUUCUCCUCGCUGUGGCAGCCACCAUCCUUGUUGUCGCAAACCUGGUGUACUACGCCGAGUUCAACGAGGCCGUGGAGCAGUACAACAAGGAGGCGACCAUCAUCGACCCAGACAACGGCUAUGGCCGCUUUUCGUACUCGUUCUUCCUCAUUGUCGCGGCCGCCGUCGCCAAUUGGGUCUCCAUCCUUUUUAUCGUCUACGAGGUAGUCCUCACCCGCCGCACUCGUGAGUCCCGCAUUGUUCGCAAGCGCAACAGGAUUCUUGCCGACAUCGAGCGGACGAAGGCUCGCAAGGCCGCCGCCGAUGCCCGUGCUCGCGACUCGGGCGGCAAGUCGCCGGAGAUCGGCGCCGUCGCCUCCAAGGAGCUUGACCGCCAGCGACGUCGCGAGGAACGCGCCAAGAAGGCCGAGGCCCGCCGUGCCUCGCGCGUCGCGUUUGUCAUUGAUGAAUCGUCAUCGUCGUCAUCGUAG